AAACACAAACACAGAGAAGGGAAGUAAAGUGUGAGUGUCAGUCGCUCAGUCACACAGCAGCAGCACAUCAGAGAAGAUGGAGAAGUUUAAGAAGAUCCUGGACAUCGCUACCCAGCAGGACAGACUCGGGUUCGGGGCGGUCGCCCUGGUGACCGCGGGGGGGGAGCAGAUCUUCUCCUCGGCGAUCUUCUCUUGUCCCUGCAAUGAGCUGAACUUCCUCUACGGCUUGGUGUUCCUGCUGGUGCCCGCCCUGGCUCUGCUGCUGCUGGGUUACAUCCUGAGUAAGAAGACGUGGAAGACGCUGACGGGGGUGUGCCAGCACCGGGCCGGGUGGUGCCUGCACUGGAGGCGGCUGAUUGUGGUCUGCACGGCCCUCUUCCAGGUGAGCAACACGGCGCUGGUGGCCCCCGCCAGCUGGAUCGCCGUGGCCCUGAUCAACGGGAAAUACUACGAGUGCGCCAUGACCGGGACCAACGUGAGCGUCUACAACAAGCUCCUGUGUGGAGACAAGGACUCUGGGGUCCGGUGUCAGCGGGAGCUGUACAGGCUGCCCUGUGGGACAGGCAGCAGUGUCCCGCAGGCGGACAGACAGGAUGUCCUGCUCACCCUGAAAGCUCAGUCUCAGAUCCUGGGUUGGCUGCUCGUCGCCGCUGUCAUGUUGUCCAGUCUGCUGCUGACCUGUGUGGCCCGGUGCACCUCCCCCAUCAGUUACCUGCAGCUCCGCUUUUGGAGAGCGUAUGCUACAGAAGAGAACAACCUGCUUGAUUCAUACACCACCCAACACGCCAAACAGCUCGCUGAGAGGAACAUAAAGAGCUUCUUCAACAAGACACCGCCUGAAAACAUCAUCACGCCUUCCAACAAUGACUGGGAGAAGGUCUCCACCCUCUACAGGUUCAGCACCACAGACAACUACUACAGCACCUUGCACCGGGCGGUGGAGGACUGGCAGGAGGCCGACAAUGGGAUGAUGAGGUUGGCUUCAGUCAAGACACAAGAGCCUUCUGACCACACCCCCGCUGUUCUUAGUUUUGUAGAUGAAGGCAGGGUGUAACAAGAUUUU